AUGAGUCGCCCAGACGCCUCUGCGACAUCCGAUCCUCCUAUCCAAGGACUCAUCAAUUACACGCUCGGUUUUCUCGCGACCGCCAACAACGAAGCUCUCCUUGGUGUCUUCGGCCUUCUUGUUCUCUUCACCUACAUAAUCUUAGGGAGAAUCGGUCUACUCCUGAUCGGAGUGGCCGUUGGUGUUGUCCUACAUGCCUCGUGGGAAGGGUCCGACCAGCACACGGGCGAAACUUCACAAACGAACAAAUCCAGGAGGCGGAAAGAACUGGCGCUGGAGGUCUCCAGUAGACUCUUAGAAUGGCCGAAGCGAGGGAUUGCGUCCGAUGCCCAAAACGAGCAGGAGGCAUCGUUAAAUGAGCCCGAGGGGAGGUCCUCGGUAGGCCUUGAAUAUACUUCCUUUCAACCCGCCACUGCGGACGCACUCAAGGCCCUCACGGAUGCUGUCAUCGAAAACUAUAUCAAGUAUUGGUAUGAGCCAAUUUUACCCUCGGAGCCAAGUUUUCCUGGCUCCUGUCGCAGAAUCUUGACCAACUUCGUCACGUCUGUCUCAUGGCACCUGUCGCGAAAACGAACGGAGGAUAUUUUUCUACAGUUCCUCACCAAUUCUUCGUCGAUCGUGAUUGUGUUUUUAAACGAGCUCGCUGCGGCGUUCACUGCUGCUGCCGGAGCAACCGCCCCUGUUGAGGCCCAGAGGGCCGUGGAACAGUACCUAGAACAAUGUCCAGAUAGCAGUCUGGCGAACGUUCUUUCUGAUACACAACAGAAGAAAAAGCUCAGUAUGAUCGCAGACGAUAUAUUGUCGAACUACCUUGAUUCAAAGGCCUACAGUUGUCAACCCGUGAGGGACUUCCUUCGCGAAGUCUUUUCGGGGGUUGUGCUAAACUCUGUUAUCACCAGCCUGGCACGCCCUGAAUUCAUUAACGGUUGGAUCAUCCACCUCCUUGAGGAUGGGGAGUCGGAAAUUAUGCAUGCCAUCGACGCAGGCGUCGAAGGCGCUCGGAAUCAGGGGGUUGGGGCACCUAAAGUCCCAGACGAGCCCAUUGCAGAUACUGAAGACUCGGUCAAACUCUCAAGUAGGCAAUCUACGCAGGCUGCGAGAGAUUCGGAAGAAGCUGCGAUUCUAGAGGUGAAGCGCCUUAGUGCUAUGAUCGCUUCCCAACCCAACCUAGGACUUGAAUCAGAUCUAUCCCAGCAAGAACUCGACGAAGAUCCCACUCUACCCGCUGAUCGAGCUACAAAAGAUAUUUGUGGCAGUGAGCGGAGCCACGAUCACGAUAAGAUUACUGGAGCACCGUCAUCCAACAGACCAAAACGGCCCAAUGAAGAUUCAACGCCUCUUAUUAUUCUUCAUGGAGCACAGAUAUUGGUAGAUGAUGACGGAUCAAGCAAUGAUCAGGGGCCGAUUAGGUCGCGACCCACAUGGGAUUACUUACUCCAGGUCGAGCCAGCGUCUACACGGUCGACCGGAUGGAUGGUGUUUCGCAAAUACUCGGACUUCCAAUCGCUCCACGAGAUGCUGGAGACUGUCUCCCGCCUAAAUCUCAUUCAAAGCUUCUCAGAGCGCCACCCGACAUUACCGCCUUGGAAGAAUAAGACAAGGCAGGCCUUGGCUCGAGAACUGGAGCAUUACUUACAAGAUGCCAUGAAACAUGAAUCACUGGCCGAUAAUGACCGAAUGCGCCGGUUCUUGGAAAAGGACGCCGGCUCCUCAGAGGCGACUGGCCCGAACAAGUCCGGCUUCUCUUUCCCAAGUCCGUCUGCAUUUGAAAACAUGGGCAAAGGCAUGCUAGAUGCGCUAGCCAAUGCGCCCAAGGGGGUGGCAGGAGGGGGCAAAGCUGUCUUUGAGGGAAUGACCGGGGUUUUUGGCGGCGCAACUAAUAAUAAGAAACCUGCUUCGGACCAGAAUAACCUCAAGACCAUUGGAUCCAACCGGACCAGCCUGUCACAGACACGAUCGAGCCUUGAUGACCAUUCCAGUCCAGUCCACGAAAUCGACGACUCUGUGUUACUUCCUGGCAAGCCUGCAGACUGGCAGAGUGAGACCUCCGAGUCACCCUCGGCUGCUGAUAAUGACAAGGGAUCUAUUCGAGCCGAGCAAGAUGCCUGGACCACCGAGUCAUCACUUUCUCAAACACCCCUCGAUCUCGGCGUUCAUACGGCAAAGUCCAUGGAGCCAACCAAGCAAUCCUCUACCCACCGUCGGUCUGAAACUCUGCAGAGUGUCGAUCCUCCCCCCAAGAAAAAAAGUACCAUCACGGCGGAUGAGACACAGGUUGCAGUCGAGCUGAUUUUUGCUGUGAUCAAUGAAUUGUACACUUUGUCAUCUGCGUGGAACAUUCGGCGGACUUUGUUGAACGCCGCCAAAUCGUACAUUCUACGCCCUGGAAGCCCGACGUUAGAAACCAUUCGCGCUCUUUUGCAAGAUUCCAUGAUUCAGAGUCAUACUUCGGACGAUGCCCUUGGGGGUUACCUUGCCAAGCUUCGUGAAAACGCGCUCCCGACAGAGGACGAGCUUAAAGCUUGGGCCCCUCCACCCAGCGAAGAGGAGAAGCUCCGUACUCGAGAGACCGCGCGCAACCUUUUUGUGCAGCGAGGCAUCCCACAGGCUCUGACAAGUGUGAUGGGGGCGGCUGCUAGCCGGGAAGCGCUGGAGAAGAUUUUCGAUAGUCUUCAAGUGGAAACGGUUGCUCGGGGAUUUGUCUUUUCAGUCUUGCUCCAGGGUCUCAGAGUGUUGGCUCUUUGA